AUGAGCGGACCACAGAGACCACCACCACCACCAUAUCAGCCUCAGAUGCAGAAACAGCAACAACACACCGAGUUCACGCCCGAGAUGCGGGAUCGCCAGGCGCGGGGCAAGGAUCCAUAUUCGGUCCAUGAAGAUGCAAGCCGGCCGGGAGGCUCACGCGGAGCCGAGUCCUUUGAGGUGGUGCAAAAGAGACGAGUGGCCGCCCAAAUGCUCGACACCCCAGAGCUGCUCAUGAUGGACGCGCAGCGAGUUGAUGAUUCUAUCCCAGCGACUCGUCUCCGAUACACACGCAUGCUCUGCGGAAUGGACCAGCCGCCUCAACACGGCUCAUCAUCCUCGGCCGCUCAAUCCUCUUCCCGCCAGGCGCAUGGUUCCAGCAGUAAAAGUCGGACACACACGCCGUCGAAACGCCAGAAUAGCGGUGGUAAAUAA